AGCAGCAUCCCAGGCACUCAGGAACCAUGAAGCAGAGCAGCAGCCGGCACCCCGUAGAAGUGCAAGGGGUCGGACUCAUGCACCAUGGCAACCACAAGACGUACAUGUUCUCUGUGCUUUGGUCGGACCACAUUAAGGUUUUAAUUUACAGAACAGUGGAGGAGUUUACAAAAUUCCAGAAAGAACUUAAGAGGAAAUUCCCAUUAGAAGCCGGGGCAAUGAAGAAAUCAGAGAGGACAAUCCCCAAGCUUAAAGAUGCCUUACGUAGAGGCUCCAAGAAAAAAGACUCCAGAAAGUACUUAGAGAGACUGCGGCAGCUGGAGACCUACUGCUGCGCAUUGCUGAAGCUUGACGCCAAGAUCUCGCAGUGCCCCAUCAUGGUGCAGUUUUUUACCCUGCACAAUAACGACUUGAAUCCAUCAUUCCCAGAAAACAGUCUGGUGAUAAUGCCUUCCGACACCAAGGAAGAGAGGAGCAUCUGCCAGAAUCAAAAUUUUAAUGUCUCCGGACCCCUCGUCUCGUUGACUUAUCUCUGCACUGCUGACUUUGAAACAGUUGACCUGAGAAACAAGCCAUUCACUGCAAAGAAGCAUGAGCUGCUGGAUGUGUUGGUGAAAGAAAGCACAGGGUGGUGGUUGGUUGAGAAUGAAGAUCGGCAAAUUGCCUGGUUUCCAGCACCUUACUUGAAGGCCCACAGAAAUACUGAAGAUGGCUGUGGAAACCAAGCAUGUCAAGAAGGAACCUUUUGUGUUGUAUUGAAAGCCUACGAGGCCCAGAACUUUGACGAAAUUUCCAUCGGUAUCGGAGUCAUUGUGGAAGUUUUGGAAAAAUCUGACAAUGGCUGGUGGCUGAUCAGGUACAACAGGAGGUCAGGAUAUAUCCCGUCCAUCUAUCUAAAGCCAUACAGGAAUCCAUGUGAGAAGUUCAAGAACAUUCUUGGCCGAGACUUGCACAUUUCUACUCCAAAUCUCUAUGAAGGGCGAGAUGAAAUCAUGAAGGAGGAUAGAGACCGGUCUCAGUCUGUGGGUGAUGCAUCAGUCACAUCCAAUAAGAGUUCUUCCAUCGCUUCCGAUCUGGAUAGUUCAAGUUCACCCUCAGUCUCGGAUGGGGAGUCAUCAGCAGGCGGCUCUAACACCUCUCUGUCAGCCAUUGAGCCAGCUUUUCGUGCUCCUAAAAUUCCAGCCAGGCCAAAACCAAAUGAGAUUUUACAGAAUUGUAGCACCGUGACCAAACGCACAGUGCAAAAAAUCCUUGUUCAGGCCACAUCUCCUUGAGGUCCUGGCAGAGGCUCAACUGGAAAGUGCAGAGGGGAAAGAAAAUUGAUAUUGUUUGUCUGACUAAAGAUAGAAUUUUACUCAAGUGAAAUUGAUUGAGGAUCUCUGUGGUACAUGUGAGGUCUAUGUAAUGCCCAUUGGAGGCAUGAAUCUAAGAAGCGGUAAAGCUUGAAAUGUAGUAGAAUUUUCUCUACUCCAAUGAUUACAAGUGGCCAAUAGCAGUGACGUGUGGUGGGGUUUCUAAAGAGGAAUUAUAUGUAUGUGCAUAAUUAUAUAUUUAGUAGCAACCCACACAAGCACAGUUGGGCCAGCAGUACCAGAAAGGUGUUAGCCUUCUGGAGACAAUGGUGGUGGUUUUAUUCCUGUGCCCAUCAAGAUGUGGAAAAAGGUAGGGCAGAUGGAUGCUUAGGUCACCAUCGUAUUUUGGCGACAAGAAAUGGUACUCACACAUUUUAGGAUCAGUUCAGUUCUUCAAGACCCCAGGGAUAGUUAACCAGAUCCAUUGCAGAUCUACCUGCCCUUACUAUGACCAGCAUGAAAGCAUAAAAGAAGAGGUCUGGGUCGGGUCCUAAAUGGGUAGGCUGUAUAGCUGGUGUUGCUUUGGGUGUUUGGGUAGCUUGUCUCUCUACUGAUGACUAUGUACUUUGUAUCAAGGUAUUAUUAUUAUUAUUGUAUAUUUAUAUCUAUAAAUAUAUUGAUUAUUCAUAUAGCACAUAGAUUUAACAACAAAUGCAUUAUAUUAUUAUAUAAUAUAUAAGUGGCAUAAUUAUGCAAAUGGUAAUGAAAAAGUAUGGUAUCUCUAUAGCCUAAGCCCUCAGCUCGGUGAGGAGAAUUCUGAUUUCUGUGCAGUAUAAUUAUAUGUACAAAUAAUAAGCCAAGUGUAUGGUUUAUGGUAACAAUACAAUUAUAUAAUGGCUUUCGUCUGCAGCUGGGGACACUGUCACAUAUACUGAUGUGGUGAUGAAACUCGCUGAUCUCUGUGUGAUUUGUAUAAUCAGAAAUAAAGCUGUUAUAAAAGAAUCUUUUCGUUUGUUCUUGGAUAUCUCUCCAUACUUGCAUGUGCUUCUCUCCCAACAGUC